CAGCAAUGUCUCUUCUCUGUGUUGUUUCUUUAACACUUUUAGAGUGAAGAAAUCACCAAAGAGGACUCAGAUUACUGAGCCGUCUGCUCAAGAGCACUCGCCUGAUGCCAAUCCCGAGCCUUCACAAGAUCACGCCACAGAUGAGGAGAAACUGGCUUCCUCCACCAAUCAGAAAUGGACUAGACAUGACAUAGAGUUGGAGCUGAACUCUGACCCCCAAGAUUUCCCGCAGCCGACUGACUUUACAACUUUUGUCAACGAGAACAGUUUACCCACACAGAGUGAUGUUACAGACUAUGAGAUUGAAUACAUGGAAAAGAUUGGUUCCUCCGCACCUCCUCUCUCGGUGAAGAAACCAUCACUUUAUCUGAAGCUGGACUCUGUGACAGACAGUCCAACGAAGACUUCCAACAUGCAAGAUUCAGAGCCCAAUUCUCCCUUCACUGGGAGCUUUGAGGAGGUGGAGGCUCAGAUCUCGCAGGGGAAAUCACCUGUGCUGCCACCACAUGGUGCUCGUGACUCCAUGGCCUCAGAGAAAAGCAGAAAGAGGGACAGUCAGUCUCAGAACCGAACGCAGAGCAAUGAGAGAGAUGGAGCGUCCCCCAUCCAGGGCCCCAUGGAUCCCUCAGAUCUGCCCCUCUUCGACAGGCUGUCUGAUUCACCUGCCCCUCUCAGCUACUUGGAGCCUGAUCUGGCAGAGACCAACCCCACUGUCUUCGCUCAAAAACUGCAGCAAAGAGAAAUGGCCUCACCGGGGGACAGCGGGGUUUCGAAGAGCUCCUUCUAUUUACGAUCAGGAUAUAUUGAGGGGGAAAGCCCUCAUCUGCCACGUGACAUGGACCACUCUCUUGCCAUCGCCCGAGAAGAGAUUGUUGUGAAAGAGAAAGAAGCCAUGGAGUGGAAGAGAAAAUACGAAGAGAGUAGACGGGAGGUGGAGGAGAUGAGGAAGAUAGUUAUGGAGUAUGAGAAGACUAUUGCAGAGAUGAUUGGCAUGCCUGAGGGUGAAAAGAGGGAGAAGACUCUGUCUCAUCACACUAUCCAGCAGUUGAUCCUGGAGAAAGACCAGGCUUUGGCUGAUCUCAACUCCGUGGAGAAAUCUCUCGCUGACAUGUUCCGUCGCUAUGAAAAGAUGAAAGAUGUUUUGGAAGGCUUCCGCAAGAAUGAGGAUGUGCUGAAGAAAUGUGCACAGGAAUACCUGUCUCGUGUCCGUAAGGAGGAGCAGCGCUACCAGGCCUUGAAGAUCCAUGCUGAGGAGAAACUGGAUAAGGCGAAUGCUGAAAUCGCUCAGGUGAGAGGCAAAGCCAAGCAGGAGCAGGCAGCGUAUCAGGCCAGUCUGAGGAAAGAACAGAUGAAGGUGGACUCACUGGAGCGCACACUGGAACAAAAGAACAAAGAGAUCGAGGAACUGACCAAAAUUUGUGAUGAACUGAUUGCCAAGAUGGGAAAGAGCUAGCCGUCCAUUCGACAGAGUUCUGUCCAUACCACAAAGGGACACUAGAACAAUAACCGGACAUGAUGGAGGGGCAAGAUUAAAGUGUUCAUUAUUGUUUUUUCCUCUUUCUAAUGGACAGAACAAUAAACUAACCAAACAAAAGGAAUUCACACUACUGAAGUCUUCACAUAAACUGUCCCUAGGACUGUGAGGACACACUAGUUUCUGGCUGUAAUUAUUUUCAAUGUGUUAAUGUACACCACCUUACCUACGUUGAGGGUCUUGUGAAAGGACUCCCCAUCAGUAGAGACUUUUUUGAGUGUCUGUAUAGCUCUCUCUCUCUCUCACACACACACACACACACUAACACGCAGAGAGUAUGUGUUUAUAAUGAGUCUGAAGUUAUGAGUGCUGUUGCCAUGACAACCACUGAUGGAGCCGACUGUUAAACUGAUUGCUAUGGUACCCUCUUCUUAACUUGAAAACAGAAAUGACCAGAGAGAAUAUAUAUAAUAUAAAACAGAUGAAUUAAUCAUUUAGUGGUCACAAAGUGGUAUUCAUGAUCAUGAAAAAAAUGCAUGUUGUAGGCCUUGACGGUUUUGUAAAUAUGAAAAUGACUUGAAAAUAGUAAAGGAACAUAACUGCAGAUUUUUAUACUGUUAGUUUGAUCAUCUUCCUUGUGUAUCUUUGUAGAUACUUGUUGUUCAUUUGUUUCGUUGUCUUCUAGCAACACUGAUGUGUGAUUUUAUUUUUGGAUUUUAUUUUGAUAUAUAAAUGAACCCACUUGUCACUGUCAGUGGUUCUGAGCUAAUUUAAUCUGAAUGGUUUUGUCUCAGUCCUGUUAUAGCUGAUGUUUUAGACAAAAGAAGCUCUGUCAGCUAUAGAGGACAUGCUUACAAAGUGCAAUAAAAGAUGGCAAUACA